GCACCCGGCGCUCGCCAGGCCCGCUGCGCUCGCCACCUGCUGCCGCUCCUCUUCCUCCGUUUGCGGCUAAAGGGCCUUCCGCUCCUUCCCCGCCUCUCGCGCCCGGCCCCCAGCCACCAGCGCGGGGGUUUUGCCUCAGGUUGCCCGCGCUGUGACGUUUCCCGACGAGCAGCUCGAGGCGCGCGCGGGGGGGGGUUCCUGUGUGGGGGAGGCUGGAGGGACCGCGAGCGUGGCGGCACUAGCAGCUUCCCCUUUCGGCUCAGGAAGGGCUUAACGCGGGUCAGCGGCAGGGCGCGCAGUCCCUGACCCGAGGAGGCGGCGCAGGACACCCGGCCGACUCCUAGUCGCUGCCCCAGGGCCAGCUGAAAGGGGCGAGGCGGGGGGCUUCUCUCCCGGUUUCCAAGCGAGCGGCAUGACCCCCGGCGCCCCGGCACCUCGGGCGCCCCUGUGGCUCCUUCUGCUCCUGCCUUCCGCCGUGGUGCCUUCCAGGCUCAACAUCCCCAAAGUGCUGCUGCCCUUCUCGCGGAGCACCCGGAUUAAUUUCACCCUGGAGGCGAGCGAAGGCUGCUACCGCUGGUCUUCUACCAGGCCAGAAGUCGCUAGUAUAGAAGCUCUAGUGGAGGAUAACCAUCAGUGUUCACAGAAGGCUAUUGUCCAAGCCCGAUCAUCACAAGUAACACGCCUUACAAGUGUUAUUUUGGCUGAAGAAGUCUUAACGGGUCUAGUACUUCGUUGUGAUGCUAUAGUUGAUAUCAUUCAUGAAGUUCACGUUGUGUCCACCACAAAAGAGUUGUAUCUGGAGGAUUCCCCUCUGCAGCUGAAAAUUCAGGCACUAGAUUCUGAAGGAAACACUUUUAGCACCUUGGCGGGGCUCGCUUUUGAGUGGACAGUCAUGAAGGACCCAGAAACUAAUGGAUUCUCAGAUGCCCACAAUGCCCUACGUAUUCUGAAGUUCUCAGAAUCAACAUAUACACCACCUUCAUAUAUAUUAGACAUGGAGAAAGCUGCUAAACAAGGAGACAUUGUUUUAGUGUCUGGCAUGAAAACAGGGAGCUCAAAAUUAAAAGCAAAAAUACAGGAACCUGUUUAUAAGAAUGUGCCUGCUGCUGAAGUCAGAUUGUUUAUUUUGGAAAACAUAAUUCUUAAUCCAGCUUAUGAUAUCUACCUUUUGGUAGGAAUGUCAGUGCGAUACAGAGUUGAGAAAAUAAGGCGAGGGAAAAUUACAGGAUUAAUAAUGCCAUCGGAUCACUAUGAACUGCAGCUUCAGAACCACACACUCAGCCCUGGGGGAGAUCCAGCGUGGCCAGUUGCCAAACUGGACUAUGCAACAUCCACAGUUACAGCGUUACGACAUGGACAGACAAACAUCGUACUUACCCACAAAAGUAUUUCCAUGCAAGGUGCUUCAAAGUUACCAAAUGGCACCAUUUAUGUUGUGCAGCCAGGAUACUUAGGAUUUUUGAUCCGUCCAGGUGACAGGUGGGCCCUAGAAACUGAGAAACUCUAUGAAAUCACUAUUGAAGUCUACGAUAAAUCAAGCAAUAAGAUUUACUUGUCUGAUAAUCUCAGAAUUGAUACACACUUCUCAAACGAAUAUUUCAAGGUCCUGCAGUCUUCUCUGAAUGGGUCAUAUCACCAUGUGAAAGCAAUAAAGGAAGGACACACCAUUAUCAGUGCUACACUGACAUCUGUUGUAGAUCAGGAUGGAGGCGUUCACACAUUACCUGUUCCCGUUCAAAACGAACAAGAAGUGGACAUUUAUGUUCCCAUUUCUCUUUCGCCAAGCAUUCUGACGUUUCCAUGGCAGCCAAAAGCAGGAGCCUAUCAAUAUACAAUAAAGGCUUCCGGCGGAAGUGGCAAUUUCACUUGGUCUACAUCUAGCCAAAAUGUUGCUACGGUAACUGUCAAGGGUGUAAUGACAACUGGAAGUGAGAUUGGUGUCAGCAUUAUACAUGCCAGUGAUGUCCAGAAUCUGUUGCAUUACGGGGAAAUGAAGGUCUAUGUGACAGAACCCAGUGGCAUGGAAUUCACACCAUGUCAAGUUGAAGCACGUGUGGGUGAAAUACUGGAGCUGCCUCUGAGGAUUAAUGGCUUAAUGAAUGAAGAAACCACUCAGGUGGUCACCUUGAGUGACUGCUCACAUUUUGAUCUCGUUGUUGAUGUUGAAACCCCCGGUGUGUUCAGUCCAAUACAAGGGAGACUAAAGCCAACUGCUGAGUUCUGCAGUGGGGUCAGAGUAAAGGCUGAAGCCCAAGGAUACACAGUGCUUAUAGUUAGCUACAUCCAUGAUCAUAUACACCUCAGUGCCAGCAUCACCAUAGCUGCCUACCUGCCAUUAAAAACUGUUGAUCCUGUUUCUGUAGCCUUGGUAACUUUGGGAUCCUCCAAAGAUGUAUUAUUCGAAGGUGGACCCAGGCCAUGGGUUCAAGAGCCAUCCAAGUUCUUCAGGGACAGCAGUGCUGAAUAUCCAGUGAAUGUUGGUUUAUCCAUAUUAGGACCACCUACAACUAGGAAUCCUUUCCAGCAUUGGCUUACAGCAUCUUGCAGAGCCCUCGGAGAACAAAUAAUAUCAUUAACCAUUGGAAACAAGCCCACUCUUACUAACCCCUUUCCAGCUGCUGAAUCUGCUGUUAUGAAGUUGAUCUGUGCCAGCCCCUCCCGGUUCACUUUGGAACCUGCAUAUGCAGAUCCUGAGCUGGGUCUGUCCUGCCCUUUUCUUCACCAAAACAAGCAAGGGGUCCCUGUCUCAGUUCAUCACAAUCCAGUGUUGGAGCUGGAGGUUUAUGAUCAACAGGGGCGUAAAUUUGACAACUUUAGUUCUCUUCACAUUAUGUGGGAAACAACAAAUCAUGCAUUAGCCAGCAUAGGGGCCAAUAUGCCAAUGGAACUGACUCUGAGAGAUUAUGGAAGUGAUCAGAAAAAAAUGCAAGGUUUACAAACUAUUUUAGUUCAUCAGAAACCUGGAACGACAACUAUAUCCGCUACUGCAGUUGGAUAUCAGGAUUCUCAUCUGAAUGCCAAUGAAGUGAAUACACCGUAUGAACCUCUUACAGCUGUUUCUGCAACCAUUGAAUUAAUGCUUGUGGAAGGUGUAAACGUGAGUCCUAAACAAGUGACCAUCUAUAAUCACCAGGGCAUCAAGGCUGAAUUGUUCAUUAAGGAAGGCUCUGGACAUUUUUUAAUUAAUACCAGUGUUGCCAACAUUGUAAAAGUGGUUCAUGAUGAAUCUCAAAGUGUGGCAGUGAUAUAUCCAUUAUAUCCAGGGGCAGUAACAAUAAUGAUUCAUGACCUGUGUCUUCCUUCUAAUGCUCUUGCUAAAGCUGAGGUGUAUGUUUCUGAUGUACAAGAAGUAUAUCUUGGAGUUGUUGACAAGGUGGAAAUUGGCAAAAAAGUUAAAGCUUAUGUCAGAGUACUGGAUGCUUCUAGGAAAUACUUUGCAGCGAAAUACUUCACCUUCAUGGAUUUAAACCUACAGGCAGCAUCUCAGAUUAUUUCCUUGAUACCUCUGAAGGAAGCUUCUGAUGAAUACACUGCUGCUUUUCUAGUUCAUGGCAUUGCCAUAGGUCAAACCAGUCUUACAGCAGUUGUCACUGACAGAUACGGAGAAAGAAUCAGUUCAGCGCCACAGCAGAUUGAAGUCUUUCCUCCUUUUAGACUGAUGCCUAGAAAAGUCACCUUGCUCAUUGGCGCAUGGAUUCAAAUUUUCUCUGAGGGAGGACCACAGCCUCAAUCCAACAUAAUCUUCCUCAUGAGUGACACCAGUAUUGCUUCUGUAAACAGCAGUGGCCAUAUAACAGGCAUCUCAGUCGGCAACAGUACUGUAACAGGAAUGGUUCAAGCUGCUAAUGCAGAGACUGGCCAAGUUGUGGUUGCGUCUCAGGAUAAAGUUGAAGUUGAAGUAAUUCAGCUUGAAGCUGUUAGAAUCCAUGCGCCCAUUACACGAAUGAAAACUGGCACUCAGAUGCCCGUUUAUGUGAUGGGUAUCACAAGCAGUCAGACUCCUUUUUCACUGGGCAGUGCCCUGCCAGGUUUAACAUUUGACUGGUCUGUCACUAAGAGGGAUAUCCUGGAUGUGAAAUCAAGAUUCAGUGAGGGUUCCCUUCAGCUUUCCACUCAGAAUAAUUUUGCUAUGGAUGUUUAUGGUAUAGGGAAAGGAAGAACAGGAUUAAAAGUUGUUGUCAAGACCCUUGAUCCUUCAGCUGGGCAGUUUUACCACGUGGCAAGAGAAUUAUCAGAUGAAAUCCAAAUACAGGUAUUUGAAAAACUAGUUAUUCUGGGAGUCGAAGUAGAACAGAUCUUAAUGUCACCAAACUCUCUUUUUAAAGUUCAGACCAACAGGGACAGAGUUGCUUCUCUGAGUUAUCACGUGCUCAGUAGUCAGGGUAGAAUCCCCGUGGUCCAGGUUGAUGAGAGCGGCCUUCUUAAUUCUGGAUCUCUGAUAGGACUAUCAACACUAGAAAUAGUUUCACGAGAACCAUUUGGAAUCAACCAGACCCUUACGGUCACUGUCAAGGUGGCUCCUAUUUCCUACCUGAGAAUAUCUAUGAACCCCAUUUUCCACACACACAACCAUGAAACCUUAAUGGCGUUACCACUGGGUGUGACACUGACUUUGACCAUCCAUUUCCAUGACAACUUUGGGGAUAUUUUUCACUCACAAAAUUCUAUGCUUGGGUUUGCCGUCAACAGGGAUGAUUUUGUACACAUUGGGAAAGGUGUCACCAACAACACUUUCAUGAUCCGAACAAUGAAUGUAGGUCUAAGUUUACUUAAGGUUUGGGACUCGGAGCACAACGGUAUCACAGAUUAUGUCCCUCUUCCUGUACAAAAUAUCAUUGGCCCAGAGCUCAGAGAUAUUGUUGUAGGCGAUGUCAUUUGCUUCUCAUCCUCACUUGUAAAUCAAGAAGGUUUGUCAGGAACAUGGAGUUCCUCUGUAAACAGUAUUCUGCAGAUUGAUCCAAAGACAGGAGCAGCUAUAGCAAGGGAUUCUGGAACUGUCUCCAUAUACUAUGAGAUUCGUGGGCUACUUAAGACAUACAGAGAAGUAUUAAUUAACGUACCUCAAAGAAUUGUGGCAACACAUAUAAGUGGCAUGAAAACAAGCUUGCAAGAUACUUCAUCUUCAAAGGUUGUAGUUAAAAUUGGGAACAGCAACAAAAAUAUGAAAGGAGAAUGUUCUUCUUCCCAGAUUGAAGCAAUUGAGAAGAUGCAACCCCAGUCUAGCCUCAGUUGCCAACUCCAUUUCAGCAACAGUGCCUUUGAUUUUCCAGCCUCUGACAUUUUUACUGCAGAACCUCAGUUUGAUGGAGCGUCAGGACAUUACACUUGUUCCAUCACAGCACAUAGGCUGACUGAGAAGCAUCUAAAGCAGCUAAGCAUGAGCAAAAUGUCUGUCAUCGUAAGAGCAUCCAUCCAGGGCAGCCAUUUCUCCACAGAGGAGAUCAGUGCCGAAGUGCCAUUUAAUCCAGGAUUUUAUGCUAAUCAGACUGAAAUCGUCCUGACUAACCAUUACACAAGUUCUGACGUGAAGAUCUUUGGAGCCAUUGAAAUUCUUGAAAAUCUUGAAGUGAAAUCUGGGUCACCUUUGGUGGUGGCCUGGGAAAAGGACAGAUCCUAUGGGUUGCCAAGUUAUGUGACAUAUACUGUCAGCUUAUCAGACCCAAGACUUGCAAGCAGAGGGUCUUUAUCUACCAUACUUACUAUAACCAGCACAGCGACUGACCAAUCCAUUGCUAUUCCAGUGACAAUGAUGUAUGUAUCAGAUAGAAGUCCUUCAGUGAGAUAUGGUUCAAGCUCAUUCCAGCACUUCCUUGAUUCAUAUCAAGCCAUGUUUUUCACACUGUUUGCCCUUUUGGCAGGAAUGGCUGUUAUGAUCAUAGUGCACUAUGCUGUGUUCUCACCGAAAGAACAACAAACUCAUCCAGCUUUUAUCCCAAGGACAAGUCCUCAGCAUAGACAACAUGUAGGAUUUCCUGUUACAUCUUUCCAGGUAUACAUUUGCAGAAUCAUGCCCAUCCAGGAUUUCAAGCUUGCUGACUUACCAGGAAACAAGGCUGUCAAGACAAUACAGAAGUAGAAUGUGUGCAGAGGUUGGAAUUGUUUUCAAAAUGUCUUAUGUUAUGAUGAGGAAGUUCUCAGUGCCUGCUCUUACAACAAAGACAUUUCCUCAUUUGCAGUGAAAAAUGCCAGCUGUUUGAGACUGUAUUAUAUACUUCUUCCUGCCAACCCUAAUGGUGGACAUAGAAAACCUCCAAAUCAGACAGAUUAAUCUAGAAUAGGGCUGGAAGGGAGUAGGUAGCUCUACCAUCUCAUCUGUAAACUGUCCUGUGUGGAUUGAUGCAGAAAGUGUGAGGGGCCCCCGCCUCACCCUUAUUAACCAAGCAGAAAGUUUUCCAUUUCAUUUGUUGAAAUAAAAACAGAAUUUUCUUUUGCCAACUGCAGGCUGGCAUAGCUGAGGGCAUCCAAAUCAGGGAGAGAAGAGCAGCACAGGAUCUAGCAGCUUCCAAGGUGGCACAAACCAGCGCAUGAAAGUCUUGGCUUCAGAGCUUUCUACUUGCUGCUGACAAUAGGUGAAUGCAGGUGGUAGUUUUCCUCCAAAAUGCAGCUGGGGACUGCUAGAAGAAACCUCCUCCUUCCUCCAUACAAAGGUAGUGCUUUCUAAAAGUGAAGGCUGGCAGAGGUACCAGUAUGGCAUCCUCUCCCACUCCGGUCAUCAGCAUCAAGAGAUUAGGGUUAUACCCUUACUGUAAUACUAUGGAAGUUGUGGCUGUGAACAAUCUGCUUAAUGGUGAAUUAUUUAAAGGUAUGAAGGUAUGAGAAAUUUAAAAAGCUGACCAAAAGAUAGUUGUCAAACUUAACAUUUUUGUAUUACUAUAAAAGCGAUGUUUUUACUUGGUUUUCUGUAUUUUAUUUGCCUUAUGCUUAAGAAAUAAAGAUGU